UGCCGCGCCAAUCUUCUCUACUACGACACCUUCCACAUUGGGUAUGAGUUGCGGUCAUAUCUUAUCCCAUGUGAAACGGCGUACGACCUUGCGUUUGAAUUCGAAGCCAUUACGGCUGGUAUCUGUGGGCUACUAACAUUUGGAAGUCUUUAGACAGUCUCCAUGAUGGGACGAGUGCGAGCAUUCACGAGCAGACAUGUUUUAUUACCUGGUGCCGAUUUGCCCGUCCCCGCAACUAUCAAGGUGGACUCAAUGACAGGCAAGAUCACUGAUAUACGACAAGGGCUGACAAGUAAAGACGAAUAUCCUAGCCUCGAUGAAGGGGACUGGAUCGACGUGGAAGACAGGUUGAUUCUUCCAGGCCUUGUCGAUGCCCAUGUUCAUCUCAAUGAACCAGGUCGAACAGACUGGGAAGGUUUCUGGACGGGCACCAGAGCAGCUGUCUCUGGCGGUGUCACAACCGUCGUCGAUAUGCCGCUGAACUCAAUACCGCCGACAACCACUGUCAAUCAUUUAGAGCAAAAACGAAAUGCUGCUCAAGGACAGUGUUGGUCAGAUGUCGCCUUCUGGGGAGGCGUCAUUCCAGGAAAUCAGUCGCAUUUGAAACCGUUGGUUGGGGCCGGUGUGAAAGGCUUCAAAUGCUUUCUCAUCGAGAGUGGCGUCGAAGAAUUCCCAUGUGUGACCGAGAAAGACUUGCAUCUAGCAAUGCAAGAAAUACAAGAUAGCUCAACCGUACUCUGCUUCCACGCUGAGCUGGAGACCGGCAUCUUAUCAGCUUCUACGAUCACUAGCAACCCAACUCUAUAUGACACCUUCCUCAGCUCCCGACCUCAACAACUGGAAGUCGAUGCCAUCCGGCUGAUUACUACCCUUCAUGCCCAGUACCCUUCUCUCCGUCUUCACAUCGUCCAUCUAUCCGCUAGCUCAGCUCUACCACUGGUUCGGGCAGCAAAAGCUUCUGGGCUUCCACUCACAGUCGAAACCUGUUUCCACUAUCUCACGCUCACCGCGGAGCAUAUUCCACACGGACAUCCCGAGUUCAAAUGCUGUCCUCCCAUCCGGGAAGAGAGCAAUCGUGAAGAGCUGUGGCAGGCUUUACAAGAUGGGAGUAUCGACUGUGUCGUUAGCGACCAUAGCCCAUGUGUCGCAGCGUUGAAGAAACUGGAUACUGGGGACAUAAUGAAUGCCUGGGGAGGUAUCAGCACGUUAGGCCUGGGUUUGAGUCUGCUCUGGACAGAAGGACGGAAGCGAGGGAUUUCGAUUGGCAAGAUCAUACAAUGGACUUCAAUCAAAACUGCCAAACAUGCUAGUCUGGAUGACAGGAAGGGGGCGAUCAAGGUAGGAUACGAUGCAGACUUCGUCAUUUGGGACCCAGACGCAGAGAUCAAGGUUACGAAGGAAUCAUUAAACUUCAAGAAUAAGGUCUCGCCUUAUGAGGGUCUCACGUUAUCGGGCAGGGUUGAACAGACAUAUCUGCGUGGGCACCUUGUAUACGACCAAGCAAAAGGUUUCGCUGAGCAGCCAGUGGGCGGAAUUCUGUAGAUUCAAUGUAUAAUAUAUUAUUGAACACAGCCCAAGUUGCGGAAACGAGUAUCAAGUCACCAAUAGAAGAGGUC